ACUCCCACUGAUGUUUACUUCCUGUGUUAGCUCCGCUCUUUGACAAACGAGGGAAAGUUUAAACAAAACACCAACAACUUUUCAGAAAACGGCGAUGUCAUGUCUGAUCAAAUGUGUCAACCGCUUUCUUUAUUAUAUAGAUGGAUCCAGGAAAACAACGAGUUAGUAGACAAAUGCAAGCAGCAAGGAGGAGGAGAUGCCUUGAGCCCAGACCAGAACAAGACCCAUCUGAGAUGGUGUUCCUCUGAGUUUCACAAACUUUUAAAGAAAAUCCAAGGUAUCCCUCCUCUUGCAGAUUAUUUACAGUUGGAGCUGACAGUGGUGUACAAUGCGUGUUUGUGCUCCACUGCUCAGUCUCAAUUUUCAGAAGCUGAGCUGCUCCUCACACAAGCCACAGAGAGAGUUCUACAGAUGACAGGAGAUGCCCCUGUUGCUUCAGACCCUCCUGUGUUUUGGAGAACAGUUCUCAAAUCAGUGGGAGACACAGCUUUGAAUCCCUGUGUACUGUACCUUCUCUGUCUGCAGUGGGCAUUAUGGCUGUCCACCUGCCAGCUGAAAACUAUACAGGAAUGUCAGGAUGAGCUGUUCUCUGUGUUUGAGACACACUCUACUAGAGUUUGGGAUGAAGGGAGGAGCGAGCUAAGGGGAAAGUCCUCUGACAUUCCACUACUGGUGAUGGACCCAAGAAGGCUUUUUGAAUUAUUGCAGAUCUGCACUAUUAUUGCCCAAGGUGCAGAAAGUUUGAGUGAGGGCCGAAGUUCACAAGCACUGUCUGGUCUGCAGACAGCUUCCUCCCUGCCUGCUCCCAGAACUCUAAUAGCAUACACACACCUCCUCUCAGGCUCUUGCCUUGCCCAUAUGAGCCGCCCUCAGAUGGCAUUGCAGUGUUACAGGAAGGCACUGGAAACAGACUCCCGAUGUGUGUGUGCUCUGUACCAGAGCAUGCUCAUUUACAGACAGCUGGGCAACACACAGGCUGAGAUCCAAGCUCUUCGUUUGCUGCAUUCAACUUUGAUGUUGCCCUUUGCCACAGAGCCUGCUCUGGCUGGUACUCGCCUCCUCUCCCCGUCCUUACUGCUGCGCAGCCAAUCCCUGAGCAGCCUGCUCUCAGUUCCCUCUGCCCUCUCUCUUCUUCACAAUCUGGCCCUUAAGUGUGUGCACCAUGGGAGGGUGUCAGAUGGUGUGGAAUAUUAUUUGGACCUGCUGGCUGUUCUUCACUCAGAAGAUCAACAUGGAUUGCAUGCUGAGGGCCCUCCCCUCCCUAGCUUGCCCGAGCUUUACCUGCAGGCUGGCGCUGCCUUGCUCAUGGCCCGACGGCCCGCUGAUUGCAUGGCGCUGUGCGAUGAAGUCAUCACUACGACACUGGAGCUGCUGCCAGAGAAGGUGGUGUUGGAAGAGCCAGAGGAGAAGUGUGAGGCUGAGACCAGGGCUCUGUGUGCAGAGGGUGAUGAUAGGGUGGCGAUGCUGCUCUGGGCGGGGGCUGCCUACCUCCUCCAGGGUCACUGCCACACUCACCUGAAGGACUGGAAACAAGCAGUGACUCACUACACAAGGUGUUUCAACCUGCUGGUAAAGGUGCGCUUUAAAAAGGGAAGUUUCCAACCACAGAUUCCCAGUACAGAUAUGGUUGGCAAGCAGGGAACAGAUCUGUGUAUCCUCCAGAGGCUGAAGGGGCUUUCACUCGCUGGUAGGGGCAUCAGCUUCACCCAGACUGAUCAACUGAGAGAGGCACUGAGAGACUUACAGCUCAGCAUGCAGGCAUUCCCAGAGUGCGUGAGUGCAGGGCUGUGGUGUGGUGAGGUGCUGUGGAGGCUUGGCAGGAGAUGGGAGGCAGCAGCUUGUUGGGAAAAGACCUGGAGCUUCACCCCGCAAUUCUCAGUGGAGAGUCUAUCGGUGUACCUACAGGAACCCCAGUCUGGUCCUCUGUUGGAUUCCUUGGAGCUGCGCCGCAGAAUACAGGAACUUGGUCCUCCAUUGUCAGCCUAGAGAGAGACAAAAGAAGUAUACCCUAUCAAUUACUGAACAGGAUCAACUUUCUCUGGCCUGUGAACGGAAACCCACACCCACAACAAACAUGCAUCUACUGGGACAGUAAAAUUAAAGCAUCUUGUUUGUUUGA